GACACCGUCUGCGUAUGAAGAUAGAUGAAGACACCCAUCUAUGGUUGUUCUUCUUUUAUAUAAUAUAAAUAAUAGUGAUUCAUACGAAAAUUAAGAUAAAAUUUUUGGAUGAUUAAUGUUGUGUGUAAUACAAUUUUGAGUUCUAAUGAUGAAUGUGAUUACUAAUUAACUAAUAUUCGGAAGAAGCAUUUUUUUUUUUGUUACUAUUUUAUAAAUCUGUGAGAAAACUGUGUAAUUUAAUCAAACUUCCGAGCUACAGAAAGUUAGAAAGAAGUCUUCUAGAUUAACUGGCGGCAAAUCUCACAAAACGAAGGAAUAAAGCCUCUCGUGUUUCAAAAUCGUAAAGGUAGCGAUCUCCCUUCUCCCCUGCGUGCGAAAAUGGUGAUGACGCUCGAAGGCUUGCUGGGCUUGCAUUUAUGUUUUCAGCUAGUAUCUUGCUACAGAUUCUGGCUUGUGCAAUAUACAGCAACUGGUGGCCAAUGUUGUCAGCUCUCAUGUAUGUGGUGGUGCCUAUGCCUUGCUUAUUCUUUGGAGGUGGAUCUACUCAGUUUCUAACUAGCAGGGAUGGUGGAGGUUGGAUAGAUGCUGCUAAAUUCUUGACAGGAGCAUCUACUGUAGGAAGCUUAGCAAUUCCCAUUAUCCUUAGGCAUGCGAAUAUGAUUGAGACCGGCGCUAUGUUCAUUGAAUUCACAUCAUUCUUCAUAUUUGUUUGCACUGUGUUGUGUUUUCAUCGAGCUAAUCUUGAAGAUGAAUGGUGACUGAUAUUGUGCACACAUCAUCUAUCAGCGGACCAAAUACGAUUCGACAAACUGGAAAAGUUAUGACAGGCAAGCAUAUAUUAAAGAUAAUGAGAAACUUUCACACUGUUUAUAUAUGUUAAAGGUACUUAUCUCCAAGAGGCAGUUAAUUGACUUGUAUUGUGCUUCACUUUAUGCUUGAGAACUUCUAUCUCCCUUAUUUCAGUUUGGAUACUAAUGUUUUAUGUUACUCAACUGUAGAAAAAGAAUUUGAAAUUAA